AUGAGAGCCUCCAGAGUUCAAACCAUCACAUGUCAUCAAGCAGAGUACAGCGUGGGGGACAUCUGCUGUCCAAUGUGUUCUCCUGGGAAUCGUGUUAAAACAGACUGCACAGAGCUCAGAACUACAUCUUGUCAGCCUUGCUCAGCUGGAACUCAUAUAGACGUNCCAAAUGGACUGAAGAGAUGCUCGCCAUGCUCCACCUGUGAUAAAGGAGCUGGUCUGAAGGUAAAAGAAGAAUGUGGACGAUCUGCAGACACAGUCUGUGAACCAAUGGAGGGAUUCUUCUGUACAGACCUUAAACCAGGAGGCUGUGGAGCAGCACAGAGACACAGGAGCUGUGAACCAGGACAGUUCAUCAGGAGGACAGAGGAAGGCAGGAUCCAGCCGAUAGACUGCCAAACGAGCUGCGGAGCAGAGCUGUCCAAAGUGUCCCCGAUGCAGAAACCUCAGUGA